UGUGGAUCGCAAUCUGUCCGAACAGAUUGUUUUUAAACUGUGUUUUGGUAUGUAGUGGUGUUAUUAUGGGAGUGGUACCAAAAUUCCCUAUUAAUUUAUGUUGACCUUAUCUUAGGAAGCGAUCUAUCUGGAGACCAUGUGCUGCCUCCAGGGGGUUCCAUAAGAUCCAUUGAAGUUGUUAAAGAUAAGGAAGUAUCAGCAAGAUGAAUGGACUUGGAGGAACAUUUGCCUGACUUUGAAUCUGUUGUGAAGAAGAAUGGUUUGACUCAAAUGGUGUCUGAACAUUGGAAAACCCAGACUUCUGAGAUUAAAAAGGCACUGAAGUAUCAGAUUGACCAGAAAGAGAAUUUAAAUUUAAGCCAAAUGAAACUGAGCUCAAGCUACGUUAUUUUCAGGAAAUGCUUAAAGCAGCUGAAGAAGAACCUACGAUUUAACAGGAAGAGAAUGAUUCAGCUGUUUGGCUGGCUGAGACUUUAUUUUCUUUACUGACCUAGAGAAUAAAAGGCCUACAGCCAUGAAAAGAGCAAGGAAAUCCAAACAUAAAACCUGAAUAAAGUGGUUUACCAACUGUGUUUAAAAGUUAGUGCCCUAUUGACAAUGUAAUGUUUUGUUCUAAAGAAGAACUAAAGGACAUACUGACAGGACAUGAGAAGAGGAAUUGUAAUACAGGACUUUGUCUUGAUGUACAGCUUUUGGCUAAUGGAAUAAUCAAUAAUCAUAGGGAUUGUCUCUAUCAAGAACCACACUGGUACUACCCAGACUACCAUUUGUAUAAUCAUUGAAGAAUACUGGAAAACUGCAAAGUAUAAAAGAAACCACGGCUAGUCCAGCAAAAGAUAAUUGCAGAAUGAAUCGUUAUAAGAAUAAGGCAUUAAAUCCUGAGGAAUUGCGUAGGAGAAGGGAGGAAGAAGGGAUUCAGCUAAGGAAACAAAAACGAGAGCAACAGCUAUUUAAAAGGAGAAAUGUGGAGCUUAUAAAUGAAGAAUCAGCCUUAUUUGAAAGCCCUCUCAUGGAUUCAUAUGUCAGUUCAACUGCAGCAGGGGAGGGUGUGAUCACAAGGGAAAUGGUACAGAUGCUUUUCUCUGAUGAUACUGAGCAGCAGCUAGCUACCACUCAAAAAUUUCGAAAAUUGCUUUCCAAAGAGCCAAAUCCUCCUAUAGAUGAAGUAAUCAACACAUCUGGUGUUGUAGAAAGAUUUGUGGAAUUCUUGAAAAGAAAUGAGAAUUGUACACUACAGUUUGAAGCAGCAUGGGCUUUGACAAACAUAGCUUCAGGUACAUCUCUCCAAACCAAAGUUGUAAUAGAAGCUGGUGCUGUACCAAUUUUCAUUGAGCUGUUAAACUCUGAAUUUGAGGAUGUACAAGAACAGGCUGUAUGGGCUUUGGGAAACAUUGCAGGUGAUAGUGCAGUAUGCAGGGAUUUUGUCCUCCACUGUGCGAUUCUUCCACCAUUGUUACAGUUAUUAACAAAGCCUAAUAGGCUCACAAUGACAAGAAAUGCUGUAUGGGCACUGUCCAACUUAUGUAGAGGCAAAAAUCCGCCUCCUGAUUUUGAGAAGGUAUCCCCCUGUUUACCUGUGUUGUCCAGGCUACUGUUCAGCAGUGAUCCUGACUUGCUUGCUGAUGCUUGCUGGGCAUUAUCUUACCUGUCAGAUGGACCCAAUGAAAAAAUUCAGGCUGUUAUUGACUCUGGGGUUUGUAGGCGAUUAGUGGAACUCUUAAUGCAUAAUGAUUAUAAAGUUGCAUCACCAGCAUUAAGAGCUGUGGGUAACAUAGUUACAGGUGAUGAUGUCCAGACGCAGGUCAUAUUAAAUUGUUCAGCCUUGCCAUGUCUUCUACAUUUAUUAAGUAGUCCUAAAGAAUCCAUAAGGAAGGAGGCCUGUUGGACUAUUUCAAACAUUACAGCUGGAAAUAGAGCACAGAUUCAGGCUGUAAUAGAUGCAAACAUCUUUCCAGUGCUAAUUGACCUUCUUCAGAAAGCAGAAUUUCGGACAAGAAAAGAGGCAGCAUGGGGUAUCACAAAUGCAACUUCUGGAGGAACACCAGAACAAAUUAAGUAUCUUGUAAACCUGGGUUGUAUUAAGCCAUUAUGUGAUCUACUGACUGUGAUGGACUCAAAAAUAGUUCAAGUUGCCCUAAGUGGGCUGGAAAACAUCUUGAGACUUGGAGAGCAGGAGGCUAAACAGAAUGGAAGUGGAAUUAAUCCAUACUGUAGUCUUAUUGAAGAAGCUUAUGGUCUCGAUAAAAUUGAAUUUUUGCAGAGCCAUGAGAAUCAAGAAAUCUAUCAGAAGGCCUUUGAUCUCAUUGAGCAUUACUUUGGGGUGGAGGAAGAGGACAGUAAUAUUGCUCCACAAGUCGAUGAAACUGCCCAGCAAUUCCUCUUUCAGCAACAGGAAGCCCCAAUGGAGGGUUUCCAAUUGUAAAGUCUGCAAGAAUUAACAAACAACUACAUGCCCAACCCCACUGCCCCAUCCCAAACACACCUCCAGUUGAAAAAGAGUGACAGGAAACUUUAUUGUUUUCAAACAUUUUCCCCCGAAAGGAAAAAAUAGUUUUGGUACAAGAAGUUUUGCUCUCUAUUUAAGUUUGAGUGGUAGAGUUGUGGACUAACUGUUGCACUUUCCCUUUAUGUUUGUUUGCUAUUACACCGGAACUCAAUAUUUUUCAAUUUGUGUGCUGUGGUGCACCUGUAAAAGGCAGUUCUCCCAGAAAUAAAGCUAGAGAAAAUUCCGUAUACGUUAAAUUUAAUUCUGAUAGUUUGAAAUAUCCAUGUAAUGCUUGCAAAUUGUUUUUUCCACAGAAGUGACAAAUUUUGCAGUGGGAAGUUUGAGUUAGCAGUCAAUUGAUGUAACUAAAUCCAUAAAAAGAUUGCUUGUGUAGAUAAUUGAGACAGCCCUCGGGGCAUGUUGCCGUUUAUGAAUGACUACUAUUUUAUUCAGCAAUUUGAACAAUUAAUGGUCAAAUGUAUAAAUAUUGGAAACAAUUGUCUUUUGGGUGGAUUUGAUUCUGGAUUUAUUGAGUUAUGGGGUGGGUGGAGUGAGAAUGCUUAAAAUAUUUCAGUGAAUAUAUAGAAAAAUGUAUCUUUUCAGAGAUUUAGUCCUAAAAGUUUCAGCAGGUCUUAUAAUGAGCAAGCUGAGUUAUGUGCUAAUUCUGAAUUCAGUAAAUUUGCAGUUCUAAUUAUUUGCUUGGUUGCAAUUAAUGUCAAUCAAGAGUAGAGCCAACGUUCUAAUUAGGAAUUUCAGAGUGUUGUAUUUUGAAAGCCAGGGAGCAUUCAGAAUUGGCACAAUCCUUAUUUGAAGAUUUUAAAUGUAUAUUUGCUACUAGUAGAACUGUUAAAUGUUGAAAAGCAGUCAAUUUUGUUUGAUUAUGGCUUAAUUUAAAUAUUCAGAUUUGAUUUCUAUAUUUUCCUCUAAAAAGGAAGGGGAAAUUGUAAUUUUUGGUAAUAGUUUGGGAAACUUAGAAGACUUGAUGCGAGCUGAUACAGAAUAUGGGGAGAAGUUAUAAGCUGUGUGCUGUGUUAAUGAAAAUUCAAGUAUCUGGCCUUCCCAGGUGUUUCUCACAGCAGCUAUUGAUCAUGUAUUAAUAUUAAAAAAACAGACUUGAUCUGUCUACAAAUUUGAGAAUAUUUAAUCUGUAAAUUGGAAUGCUGUACAAUGCAAAUCUAUAAAUGUCAGUCAUUACUUAUUUCACAUGUUAUUUUAAAUAUUAAAUGUAUUUGUCCCUUACCAAGCAGCUGGAGUAAAACCAUUGAAAACUAUAGUUGCCGAGCUGCCAAGUUUUAUAGCAUAAUUGGACAGUGAUUCUCUAUCUGUAAACUUAUUCAAGUUUCAUCAGCAACUGCUUCUUGCACAUCUAAACUCCAUGUUUGUUUCCAGAAAAUCUGCUACUGAAACCAAUUCAGUUGGCUGUAAUUGCUCCCAACUUGUAAACAGUUUAACUGGGCAAUCGAAUUUGAUUCAGAAUCUCACUAAUAUUUACAUUUACCUCCUUGCUGAAACAACAAGAAAUAAUUUCUGCACAGUGUUUGGUUAGGGUGCUGGCUGUCACUGUAAACCAAACCAGUUUGAUUUAGUUUCCAUUGUUUUGAAUCAAUUUGUAAUUGGUAAUAGAUAGAAGUACUAAACUCUAAAAUGAGAAUUGAGGCAUUUAUUGAAAUUGCAUUUGGUUGCAAAAUGACUUGGAGAAUAGAAUUGCAUUGCUUCACCCUUUAGGAUGUAAAAUGCACUAAGGAUAGAGGAAGCAAGCUUGCUAUAGAGAAAUAAUAAAGAAAACUGAACAAACUUGAAGCAAGUUUGCAGAUCCAAGUCAACUUUAUUAAGGAAAAGGAAACAAUUUUUGCUAUGAGCACUUUUAAAAUACUAUUGAUAACCUCAUGAUUUGGCAAGGGAACAGUUUGUCAUUACUUGCACAUAUUAUCACAUACAUACCAGCAUACUGUUCUACGUACUUUUAUGUCUACAAUUUUCAAGGAAAUGACGUCCAUAAUGAAUUCUGGUAUACAGAACUUUAUAAAAAGUUGGGUUAUAUUCUAUGAGCAAAGAGACUGCAUUAAUUAGACAAACUGUGAUAAUUAAUUAUUCAAUCCUAUUAAACAUUGAAAAAGAAGCUAUUUUUCUCCACUUCUGCAAUUAGCCUUGCUUUGGGAUUGAUAGAAAGAUCAUAGGACAGACAUUAUAGAUCUGUGAAGUAGAACCACUGUGAACUGAAUAAGACCAUUCAGUGAUUAUUAUUCUCCUCACUCUGAAUUUGGGAUCUUUAUAACCUAACUUUGCUAUUAGUUUUGUUGCAAUUAGUAUCUUUGUUAUAAAAGUGAAUGCACUGAAUUAUUCUUGCCAAUUCAUUAAAAUGAGAUCAACCGAUAAUUACAAUAAUUUAAUGUACAGAGAUUAGGGAGCUUCUUGUUUCAAGUGCAUAAAUUCAAUUUUGAGAGAGUUGGGCACUGGUAUUUGGGUUGGGUGGUGGAAUUUAUAGAAUGAACUGCAUAUAGUAAUUACUUUAUUUGGGGGAAAAGGUGGAGAGUUAAGUAACCUAAAAGAUUAGAGCAAUGGAUACUGCAAGUGGAAAAAAUAUGUAUUAUUCACAUAACACCCCAAAAGGAUCUUAUUGAGAUAGUCCUAACUUUAUUUAUAAUCUAGCCAGCUCCAGUUCAGCUUGGUUUUAUUUUUGUAUGUCUCUAACAGACCAGUGUGAUGCUGACUGACUGAAGAUGUGUGAUGUGAUGCAGAGUUUGAAUUAUACACUUGCCAUUGCUUGAAGGAAGACUAAGUUCUGUCUUUCUGCUGUAUACUUAGUCCAAAAGUAGGAAUGACCUCCAAACCAGACUUUCUAAAGCUAUAUUCACUUACUCUAAAAUUUUUGUAAUAUAAUUACUACUAGAAAUGAGCAAAUUUUUGGUUUCCAAUAUCAUAUACAAUGUUUGCAUACUUUUCUUACAGUAGUUUUGCAAUAACUUAAUUGUACAUCUUGAAAAAUGUUUGUUAAAAAGGUAUAUGUCAUUUUGCUUAGUUUUCAGGUUCCUGCAUGCUUUGCAAUAUUUCUUUAAGUUGAAGUUCGUUUUGCAUCCAGGCAUGAUGAAACAUUUGUGUUUUGCUCUCCUGUUAGUUAAAAUUAUCAAAAGUGCAUUUUGUAUCUUCAACUAGAAUGAAAUAUUGUGAUGAUCUUACUCCCUGACUCUUGCUGACAGAGGUUGUGGUAGAGCAAUGAAAGUUUGGGGAAGGGAAAAAAAAUCCACAUGAAUAUUUAAUUUUUAAAAAAAUUCCUUGGAUAUUAAUGUAACAUUUCUGUUUACAAAACCUAAAUGAACAAACCUUUCCUAUUCUGUUGUACCACUGGAAUUCCACAAAACAUUUCUAAGGCUCUGUGAAAUGAUGUGCUAUGAUCUGAGCAGAAAUAUAUUUCACCACUGUUAAACUUUAGAAGAUCUCUGUCCUCAUUAGAUAAAAACAAUUGUAUAACAUUCCUCUCAUCCAAGCACCUUCUUUAAAGUAGAAUGUUGUGCUGGAAGCAAGACUAAAUUUUUGGCAAGUUAAGCAGCUAGCUCUUUUGGAGGAUAGGAUGGGGAGAAUUAUUUUUUCCAAAGUCUUGAAAGCCUUUUUAAGAAUGGCUGGCUAGGCCAGUAGUUAAUACUUCUAAUCCUUUAACUGACAUAAACUAAAAGCAGACUGGUUCCUUGAUAAUUUGGUAUUAAAUUCUCUUCCCAGAAUGUUGUUGUAGCUGCUUAAAAUUUGUUGUAGGAAGAGAGUAUGUAACCAGCAAUGAGGAUUUGCCUGAACAGCUUUUCUCAUGCAUCAUUAUAAAAGAUGAAGUUAUCCCAACAAGUAAAACAUUGAGCUAUAUUUGGAAUUUUAAUAAACUCUGUUGAAGGGAAUAAAUAGCUUUUAACUAUGCAAUGCACUUUAGUCUUCAAUUUCAAUAGUAAGCAAUUUCACCAGUACUGAGAGAGGAUUAACUUUGUAAUGCUGAACAUACCUUUGCUGGCAAAUUAUUUGCAGAUGUAUCUGAUAUCUUGACUAUGUUUGAACCAGUGAAAUUGAAGAAGGCCUAGAGUAUAAUUCAUUUACCUUUUGAAAUAUACUACAGUUUUUUGCUUCCAAUGAGCACGGUGAAGAGAAAACAUUGGAGGAAGGUUGUUUCUGUGCUGUUCACUUAACACUAUGUUUGUGGCAGUUGUAAAUCAUUUGAUAGUUUAGAUUUUCCUAUAAUCCUUAGACAUACUGCAGAUAAUUUUCCUAAAGGAAUGUGGUGCAUAAAUUCCACACAAAUCAAUAAAUUAGUCCUAAUGUAAUUUCGUGCUAUUGGUAUAUUGCUGUCAAUAUGUAGAGCACUUCCAUUUGCCAACUAUGCAAAUCAUUUUGCUGGAGGCCUUCUCACCAAGGUUCCCCCAUCUUUACGUAUUUCUAAAUGCCUCAUACAGCUUUUUGUCUAGAGGAUUUUUGAACAGUUUUUUUUUACUGAUAUUUGAUGUCUAAUACUGAAAACGUGCAAUUGGGCUGGGUGAAUAUUUGAAUUUGUAUUAAUUGGAGCUGUUAAUUUAAAAUAUUGUUAUUGGAAAUUGCUGGGAAUAACACUGCUGUAGGCUUAGAACAUGCCAGUAAUUAACAAGUUAAAAGCAAAGCGUAAUAAAGCUGCUACACCUUAUGAGACUUCUGUAUUUUUAAACUUGUAAUUUUGACAUUUAUUUUACAGAAGUUUUUUUUUGCUUCCUUUACUUCAUUUGUAGCCUUCUUCAAAGUUUCAACAUCAGACUUUCUAUGGAACAAGAAAGCAAAAUUGCAAUGCGCUCCUGUUCUUUACUCACUUAAGUGCCAGCCUGACCAUGAGUUCGUGAAGAUUUGUGUUAAUCUUCUUGGUCUGAAAUAAUUUUAUUUUACUUGAAUGUGCACAUUUUUUGUGGAUUUGUGCAAACAUGCUGCUCUUUAUUUUUCACCCUUCCUUAUCUGCCACAAUUGCAUUAUUUAAGUCAUGUUAACAGUGGCAAUAAUUAAUAUUACAUGCACUGAUCCAUUAAAUAGGUGGGGAAGGCGGUGAAGGGGGUCAGAAUAUAGAUAAUAAUUGACCACUAGCUUGACAAUCCAGCUAUGGAUGCCCUCGGCCCCAGGUUUCAUUUGUUAUUUUGCAAACAAAUGUAGGAGGAUUAAAAUUUUACAAGAUUUUUUCUUGAAGAUAUAGCUAAAAAAAUUGCAUAACCAAAAAUGCAUUCUAUUUAUUUUCAUAUGUGAUAUGUUAUACUAUAGAUUUUUUUACUUGCUCUUCUACGAUGUUUGCAAAUUUGAUGUAUCUGUUCAAAUUGCUGUUCCUUAAAGCUUACAUAAAUCAUUUUUUCCCUUUUAAUUUUGGGAGUGUGUGUUACUACCCUUAAUGUUUUAUGACAACUAAUGGAGUUGACAGAUAACUGUAUGAAUGUGUAAGAUGACGGAAACAGACAGCACAAACAGAACAUGGCACAUAACACAAAAGUAAUUACAAGUGCUGUUCCUUUGUUUAAAACACUGGAAAUGUACAAGUAUGAAAUAAAUCUUGUUGCAAAUCUA